AUGGAUCGCACAGUUGAGAGGGCAAAGGUGUCCCUAAUCAACUUCCUCCUAGAGGUUACGCCACCUCUCCUUGGGUGCAGCCGGCAGCAACUGCAGAAGCUGCUUUCCAUCAACUCAGAGACAGUCCUUAAGCCUUUUCUUGUAGAACAGCAGCCUGGGGUGUUGGUCAUCGGCAAAGAAGCCUCGCGUGAAGCUGUUGCGGACAAGGCACCGGGAAGUGGGGUUCAGUUUGCACAGCCAGGGACAGCAGACUUCGACGCAGACGAUGAAGAGGAGAACUACAACUUAUAUGUCGACCUCGGCUUUGUUGCGAGAGCUGGUGGAAGGUCAUGCAGCGUCGCAUUUCUCAAGCGACCAGGCUUCAGCCUAGCAGACGAGAACACCGCCGAGCAUGGAGCCCAGGAAGGAGAGGAGGGUGCGGGUCGGCAGGUCCACACUGUCACAAAACCCAUAGGCCCUCAGCUUGCCCUCAUGCGUUGUGGGUUUGGGGAGGAAGAGAGCCUCCUUGAUGUAACAGAGAUGUACAUGCAGCGCGGUUUUGGCCCACUGCUGAAAACCGCCUCAGAGGAGGAGACUGCAGCAGCAGCCACCGAAGGAGGAGGAGAGGGAGGUGCAGCGGAAGAUUCUACGGCCCGCGCAUCUCACGGCAUACAAACUGUGAGUAAGAAGCUUAGGGAAUUGGUUCUGGCAGUGCAACAAGCACAGCAAAACGUGGAUAUCCCUCUCAUUGAACUGCCCAUUGAUUCGGUUAUAAAGGCGGCCGUCAUGAAAGCAGCAGCUGAAAAGCGCAAGCCCGUAGUGGAUGACAUCGGCGAUAAAAUUCACGAUAGCACAUACCUUAUUGCUUUACAAAGCCACGUCAAUCGUUGGAUCAAGGAUAUCCAGAAGGUCUGCAGAAUGCAGCGAGAUCCUAGUACUGGCACUGCUGCAGAGGAGGUGAAUUUCUGGCUUGGUUUUGAGCGGGCACUGAAACAUGUGGAAGACCAGCUCAAAACUACCGAGGCUGAAUUCACACUGACUGUUCUGAAACAUACGAGGAAAGUUUUUGCUACAAUGUCCUUUGAGCAAGACUCUGGACUAAAACAAGCGACAGAAGUGGUGCAGAACACGAAUAUUCUUAUGCGGGAUUUUCCAUUGAACGACCUGUGCAGCGCACAAACUGUUGAACAGCUGACUCAGGCGGUACGCACAAUCUUCGGCCACAUGCGGAAGCUGAAGAAUGCGACUCUCUACCCGUUAAGUCGUGCCUACUUCCUUGUAGAGGCGCUUAGUAGGGACCUUUCAACACAGCUCCUAAGCAUUACAUCAAGGCAAAAUCUAAUUUCCAUGGCAUAUGAGGAAUUUGAACACACAGCAGCUGGCUGCUCAGAGUUGUUCCGCACUUGGGAUGAAGAGGUGCGUCACUUUCGAGAAACCGUGAGGGAGUUGUCAAAAAAGAGGGGACUCAACGAGCGGCCACCCUCGAAGCUUGUUUGUGAGCAUGUUGUUUUACAAGAACGGAUUGUUGAGGUUCGACAGUUCAGACGGCAACACCACCGGCUGAAGGAGGUCCUUAACAGGGUUCUUGGAGACGGUAGUGGUAGAGAUGUCGCGGCACAAAAGGACAUCACUGCAGCCUAUCAAAUUAUUGAAGCAUUGGACGUCUUGGACGUGACCCAAAGUGGGCAGGAGGCGUGGGAGGCCGGCCAAAAAGCAUAUGACACGCGUAUUGACCGCGUGGAGUCACAGAUAACAGCAAAGCUGCGAGACCGCCUUGGGGCAUCAAAGACAUCAGCCGAGAUGUUCCGCGUUUUCUCGCAAUUCAAUGCACUCUUCUUCAGGCCGCGCAUCAGAGGUGCUAUUCAGGAAUAUCAGACUAAGUUAAUUCAGGUAGUUAAGGAGGAUUUGAAGCGACUUCAGGGAAGUUUUCUCGAAGGAUAUCAGAAGAUUGAAUCAACAACUAUGGCAGAGGUGCGAGAUAUGCCACGAGUUGCAGGGAUGAUUGUUUGGGGUAGACAAGUUGAGAGACGGCUAGAUGCCCUCGUUCAGAGGAUCCAAGAUGUAUUGGGCAAAGGAUGGGAACAGCACGUUGAAGGGCAAAGGCUAAAGCACGAUAUUGACUUUUUUCGAGCCAAGCUCAACCCACAGGAGCACUUUGACGGCUGGCUCAAUCUUGUAAGAGACCAAAAGCGCCUGGACACAAGCGACCGUAUUUUUGUGUUGAGGGAUUGGGGAGCUGGAAGAUUGGAGUUGGCUGUGAAUUUCGACAAAGAUAUGCUCACUCUGUUCAAAGAGGUACGCCUGCUGUCGGCGCUGCAGUUCCGAAUCCCGUAUUCUGUUAAAGUUAUGGCAGAUGAGGCGAAGGUCUUGUACCCAUUCGCCAUCACUCUUCAAGAAGUCUUGCGAACGUACGUUGAGUCGUGUGCACGCGUGGGAGACACAAUUUCGAGCCCUGCGCCACCAUCGGGGGCGGAUGCUGGAGAAGGUGAGGCCGUUGUCGCCUUACUAGUAGCUUCGUACCAACGCGAUUCUCAGGGAAAACUCGCCGAGGGCAUGAGCCUUCGAUGGGACUCAGACCGUCUGGAAACAUAUGUAAAGCGACUGGCAGAAACUGUUUAUAUAUUUGAGGCGAAGGCGGAAUUUGCUCUGCAGCAGCACAACAAGGCCAUCAAGGAAAUCGACACUUUGAAGGACAAGCCUGUAGAUGCUCCAUACCAAGAUAUCCUUGCUGUGCUGCAAAACGUUCAAAAGUUGAUCGAAGAGCAACACCUGCAGAACUACUCCAAUAUCAGGGGAUGGACAAAGGUGCUCGAGAACCGUGUUGAAGCAAUUCUAACACAACGGCUUAUCAAACUAGUGGAGGAGUGGACCGUACAAUUCGAGAACUGGCCAAAUAAGGGCACCGCCCUUAUUCAGAAUGGCAUUGUGUUGGAGAUUCAAGUUAGGAAUCAAGUACUUCAAGUUCAUCCAGCAGUGGAAGCAGCGCGGCAGCUCUGGAUGGGAUCUCUGCACCGCAUUAUGGCAUCUGUUUGCUUGUUGCCGCGAUUUAAUUCAAGAAACAGCGCUAGGCCUCUGAAGUUUGGGGGAGAACCGACAGCUUGGGAUUAUGAAGAUUCUGAAGAUGAGGCCCUUGAGAACGGCGAUCCCAUGAAGCCCAAAUCAGGUGGUACCUACAGGGCGAUCGCUUCUCGGAUUCCCCCGGAAGUCAUCGACAAAGCUCAUUCCGCCAUUGACAGGGUUAUGGGUAACGUAGAAGAGUACGUAGCAAACUGGAUGCACUAUCAAGUUUUGUGGGACGUUGAUGUGAGUGAGGUGCUCGGCAAACUUGGAGACGAUAUUGAGACAUGGCAGCAGCUACUGAACGAAAUCAAGCAGGCUAGGAGCCCUUUCGAUAAUACCGAAGCUCGAACAAUGUUUGGGCCCACAAUUGUAGAUCACCAUCAGGUACAAGCGAAGCUUAACACCAGGUAUGACGCUUGGCAUCGCGAUAUUUUGCACGCUUUUGGGCAAAAGGUAUCUGCAAAUGCGAGCUCUGUUUUCACUUCUCUGCACGCUAUGGUAGCCGAUCUGGAAGAACAAGGCCAAGUAGCAGAUCCCACUGAAACUGCCAUGAACGCGGCAACGUUUCUGUCGAUGUCCGAGGCACAAAUGUCUGCUCUCAUCAGCAGUCAAGGGCUGAUCGGAGAUGAGCUGGUUUCAAACAUAGUGUCAAAUCUCACGAAAUUUCUCCUGAAGUUGCAGGAAGCCAGCAAGUUAGAGCCAAAGUGGAGCACUACGAUUGACAAACUGAGAGCCAGUGAGCGCCUUUUGGAAAGACAGCGGUACACGUUCCCGAGUGACUGGCUGUGGAUCGACCAGAUCGAAGGCGAAAUGGAGAUGUUUUCCCAGUUGUUGAGGCACCAGGGGAUGAUGGUAGAACAAGCGAAAGAACAACUUGUCACUCUUGUGACGCAGUUCGCAGCGACACUUCAGGAAAAACUUCAGCAGCUGUACUCCGAUUGGAUGUUGCAGCGUCCUGUGAGGGAUGAUAUUGCGCCUGGCCACGCAAUGAGCAUCCUGAGACAAUACGAGCAGCAACUUGAAAAGAUAACAUCCGACUACGAAUGUGGGGAGAAGGCAAAGGCAGCCUUGGGUGUGGAAGACACUGCGUUGAGCUCUGGGGGCGAGACAUUUUCACCGUCUGCUCUGGCAGAGGAAAUCGCAGACAUGAAGGGAGUUUGGGAAGCCCUCGGUGGGCUGCACAAGGAGCUAACUGGGCUUCGUGAGACUGUGUGGGCAGCUGUAGUUCCGAAACAAAUUCGAACUUCAUUAGAAUCGCUGCUGGAGAGAAUAAAGCAAAUACCAGCCCGGUUCCGUCAGUAUGAAGCGUUUGAGGAGUUGAAACAGAAGAUUAAUAAGUUUCUUUCGCUAAAUAUGCUAAUCACCGACAUGAAAACGGAUUCCCUGAAGGAGAGGCAUUGGAAGACCAUCCUUUCCAAGCUAAAAAUCCGGAAGUCCGUAACAGAUAUGACAAUCGGAAAUCUUUGGGAUGCUGACUUGACUGCAAACGAAGCUGAAAUCCGCGAGGUCUUGAUACAGGCACAGGGUGAGUCUGCCUUGGAGGAAUUCCUACGCCAAGUUAAGGAUGCCUGGAGAGAAAGGGAAUUUGUCAUGGUGCCCUGCGGGAACAAGUGCAAAGUAAUCAAAGGUUGGGAGGACCUCUUUCAAAUUAUCGAUGACCAGCUGGCGUCACUUCAGUCCAUGAAGAUGUCCCCUUUCUUCAAGAUAUUCGAGGAGGAAGCUCUGGCUUGGGACGAAAAGCUAAACAGGCUGCGCAUCCUUUUGGAUAGCUGGGUGGAAGUGCAGCGCAAAUGGCUCUAUCUUGAAGGGGUAUUCUCCGGUUCCCAAGAUAUUCAAAUGCUCCUUCCUGCUGAGCAUCAGCGAUUUAGGGGAAUCGACGCAGAGUUUAAGGGCAUCAUGAAGAAAGCAGACACCACAAAAAUAGUGUUGGAGAUAGCGUCCACUGAGGGUCUCGGUCGUCAGUUAGAACGAUUGUCAGACUUGCUUUCUCGAAUUCAAAAGGCGCUUGGAGAGUAUCUUGAGAAGCAAAGGGAGCAAUUUUCCCGGUUCUACUUUGUUGGAGACGAAGAUCUCUUGGAGAUGAUUGGCAACGCAAAGGACGUGAAGCUUGUGCAGCGCCACAUCAGCAAGCUUUUCGCGGGAAUCGCUGCGCUUGAGACUGAUCCAGAGGACCCUACAACAAUAACAGCAAUGACAUCGCGUGAGGGAGAAGUUGUUCCUUUUGUCAGCGGCGUCUCAAUUCUACAGUAUGCGUCUCUCAAGGACUGGAUGAGCGCAGUGGAAUUGCAGAUGACAGUUUCGUUGGCUGAUAACGUAUCGAGGGCUUUAAAGCAAUUGGAACAAUUUGACGUGACUGAAAUAACGAAAAUGGCGACAGGAGGUGACCCUCUGGAGAAUCCCUUCAUCAAGUGGAUCAAAGAUUUUCCACUUCAGGCGUUGCUUCUAGCAAUGAAUAUUCAAUGGACGAAGAAAUGCGAGGCUGCAUUAUCGGCAGAUGACUCACAACAGCCAAUGAAAGCAGCAGAACAGACAGAGCAUCCCUUGGAAUCUUCAGCCUUAAAAGACUGCGUGGCACUUCUUGGGUUUCUCGCCGAUCGCGUUGUUCAGGAUAUAGGCCCUCUUGUGAGGAGUCGAAUCGUUCAUAUGAUCACUGAAGUGGUCCAUCAAAGAGACGUCUGCAGGUCCCUGGUGAGGAACAAUAUUACCUCCAGGAAAGACUUCGGAUGGCUCGAGUGCAUGCGUUUCUACUUUACUCAUCCCCCAUCUUCGGGCCCCAUAAUUCCGCAGGGUCUGCUCAAAGUGUGCAUGGCCGAUGCGGCCUUUGACUACGGAUUUGAAUAUUUGGGAAUGGCAGAACGACUUGUGCAGACACCACUGACUGACAAGUGUUUUCUUACUCUCACUCAAGCUCUUAAGAUGAAACUGGGCGGAAACCCAUUUGGUCCAGCAGGAACCGGGAAGACAGAAUCAGUGAAGGCCUUAGGCUCUGCCUUGGGGAGGUAUACUCUGGUAUUCAACUGCGAUGAAACUUUUGAUUUUAAUGCAAUGGGUCGGCUCUUCUCGGGUUUGUGCCAAGUGGGCGCAUGGGGUUGCUUUGACGAGUUCAAUCGUCUUGAUGAAAGGAUUUUGUCGGCUGUAUCAGAACAAAUUUUGACCAUCCAGGUUGGGCUGCGUGAGGGCAAGAAGGAGAUAGAAUUGUUGGGAAGAGCUACGAAAUUGAACACCAACGUUGGUAUAUUCGUCACGAUGAAUCCUGGCUAUGCUGGGCGUUCCAACUUGCCAGAUAACUUGAAACAACUCUUCCGUGAGGUCGCGAUGAUCAAACCUGAUAAGCAGCUGAUCGCGCAGGUGACACUCUACGCACAAGGUUUCCGUUCUGCUGAGCGGCUGUCAAGCAAAAUCAUAUCACUAUACGACUUGUGCGAUAGGCAGCUGUCUAAACAGCCUCACUACGACUUCGGGCUACGGUCACUCAAGAGUGCACUUAGCUCUGCUGGAAAUCUUAAACGGCAGCUACUUCAGGAAGAGGCAGGAGCAGGUACAGUUGUGGAUGAUCUAGCGAUGGUGGAGACAGUGGAGCAGAAGCUUCUCAUUAGGUCGGUCACUGACACAGUCGUUCCAAAGCUUGUAGCUCAGGAUGUCCCUCUGCUUCGAAGCUUACUAAUGGGGGUCUUUCCAGGCGCAGAUAUUCCCGCCCUGGAUGAGAAGAUCUUGCUGGAGGAAAUUGAAAGACUAUGCGAGGCACGUUUCCUGGAGGCAAAAGGGGAAUGGCUUGAAAAAGUACUGCAACUAUAUCAGAUUCAGAGGCUGCAACACGGCGUAAUGCUCGUGGGUCCAGUAGGUACCGGGAAAUCUGCUGCAUGGCGUAUCCUGCUCGACGCAAUGGAAAAGGUGGACGGCAUUAAGGGAAUGUCUUACGUUUUAGAUCCAAAAGUGGUGGCAAAGGAACAAUUGUAUGGCCGACUCGAUUCCACAACCUUAGAGUGGCAAGAUGGCGUUUUUACUGCUGUAUUACGUAAGAUUUUAACAACGACACAAGAGUCAGGGAACAGCGCACAGCAGCGGAGGCACUGGAUUGUGUUUGAUGGAGAUGUUGAUCCGGAUUGGGCAGAAAACCUCAACUCUGCACUUGAUGACAACAAGCUACUCACUCUUCCAAAUGGUGAGAGGUUGGAAAUCCCAAAUUGCAUUCGACUUCUUUUCGAAGUGGAAACCCUCAAGUAUGCCACGCUUGCCACAGUCAGUCGAUGCGGAAUUGUGUGGUUUGCAAGCUCGGUCUUGCCCGACGAAGUGGUGUUUCAGCAUCAUCUAGAAGAGAUAGCUGCUGGCACUGCGUCGACAGAAGUUAUUCUUCAGGGAGUUGGAGGACAGGCAAAGGGAAUCGACCGCAGUGGCUCUCGUGUCAUUACUCGUGAAAUUGCUCGCUCCGGCUCAGGAAUUGUGUCGAAGGCAAGCGUCGGCAAAUUGGUCUCCAAGGGGACCAUGACGGGCGGCCUUGCCACAGGUGGCAGAGGUGCAGCUGAAGCUGUUGCGCAGGGCAUAAAGGAGCGUUGUGUGGCUAUUCUUCAGCCCUUCUUUUGUGCUGGGGGCUUUGCAAGCCAGUGCCUUGAGCAAGCAAUGAAACAUCAGCAUAUAAUGGAGUUUACAAAAAUAAGGUGCAUUGAGAGCAUGUUUUCUCUUAUCAAGAAGGGCAUCAGUCGCGUUGUUGAGAAGAAUGAAGAACUGAGACCGACGGGGGAGUCUAUGGACGAUGACCUCAUAGCCCAAUUCAUUACAAAGUGGAUGAUCUUGUCCAUUCUUUGGGGCAUGGGCGGAUCCCUAAGCCUAGCAGCGAGGUCUGCUUUCAGUGAAGAAGUGGCGCGCUUUUGUGACUUACCGCUGCCUUCACAAUUAGCAUCUAGUGAUGCGGAUGGACAGACGUUGUUGGAUUUUGAGCCAUCUAUUGACGAUGGCCAGUGGCACCACUGGAAAUCUCGAGUGAAGCAGGUGGAAAUUGACACUCAGCAGGUGAAGGACGCGACGCUUGUCAUUCAGACUGUAGACACAUUACGACACCGUGACGUAGUUGAAGGAUGGCUUGAAGAGAAGCGGCCUUUUAUUCUUUGCGGUCCCCCGGGCUCUGGGAAGACAAUGACUCUCACGGCAGUUUUAAAAGAGCGUCCCGAUUUUGACAUAGCGUUUCUCAACUUCUCAUCAGGCUCCACUCCUGAUUUGCUGUUCAAAACUUUCGACCACUAUUGCGAACUAACUAAAACUGCGGCAGGAGGGAUGGUAAUGCGGCCACUCGUUCCUGGCCGCACCCUUAUAAUUUUCUGCGAUGAAUGUAACUUGCCGUCUCCCGAUAAAUACGGAACACAGCAUGUUAUAAUGCUAAUGCGUCAGAUUGCGGAGUCCGGGGGCUUCUGGCGCUCAAUGCCACAGUUGCAGCAAGCAUCACCUUGGGUCUGGAUUCGCGUAGAAGGCGUUCAGUUUGCAGGAGCAUGCAAUCCACCGACGGACGCUGGCCGUCACCACAUGAGCAACCGGUUCCUUCGCCAUGCCCCUAUAAUCUUCGUCGAUUUUCCAGGGAAAGAAUCACUCAUACAGAUAUACAGAACGUUCAAUCGGGCACUUCUGCGGCCGUUUCCUGACCUGUAUCCCUCGGCCGAUCCGCUAACAAUGGCUAUGGUGGAUUUCUACAUUUCGUUUUCCAGCACAUUCACAGUUGACCAGCAGCCCCAUUAUAUCUACUCUCCAAGGGAGCUGACCAGGUGGAAACUGGCCUUAGCAGAGGCAAUAACCGGGGGCGGGAAAUUUGAUGCAGAAGCUAUGACUAAGAAGUCAUCUAGCGACACAGGCUGGGAUAGAGGUGCACAGUUUGCCGGCGCAGCUGACAAUGAUUGCAUAACUCUGACUCAGCUCGUUAGAACUUAUGCGCAUGAGGGACUGAGGAUAUUUAGUGACAGACUUGUGACGGAGGCAGAAAGGGAGAAGACGGAUGCGAUGCUUGACGAAAUCGUGCGGACGCAUUUCCCCAGCGUCAGCGAUGAAGCGCUGCAGCGCCCCAUACUCUUCACCAGUCUGGCAAGUCGCCAAUACUGUGAGGUUUCUAUGCCAGCUUUGCGUUCGUUGCUUCAAGGGAAACUGCGCGUGUUCAAUGAAGAAGUUUUUCAGGUGCAGUUGGUAUUUUUCGACGAAGUUCUGCACCAUGUUGCACGCAUUGACAGAGUAUUGAGGCAGCCUUUGGGUCACCUGUUGCUAGUGGGCGCGUCUGGAGCAGGGAAGACGAUUCUAACAAAGUUUGUCGCGUGGAUGAAUGGUUUGAGCAUCUUCCAAAUAAAGGCCGGCAGGAAUUACAACACAGCAUCAUUCGAACAGGACCUUCGAGUUGUAAUGAAACGAGCCGCUCUGAAAGAUGAGAAAAUCGCAUUUGUUAUUGAUGAAUCCAACGCUCUAGGUCCAGCGUUUUUGGAGAGAAUGAAUGCUCUUCUGGCAUCAGGCGAAGUACCAGGGCUCUUUGAAGGCGACGAAUACACGGCUCUAAUCAAUGAAUGCAAGGCAGCGUAUGGGAGCGACUAUCUAGGUAGUGGGGAGUCUUCAGAGCUGUUUACCCGUUUUACGAAACAGGUGCAGAGGAAUUUGCACAUCAUUUUUACAAUGAACCCGGCGAACCCCGACUUCCACAAUCGUCAAGCAACCUCUCCCGCUCUGUUUAACAGAUGCGUAAUCGACUGGUUUGGAGACUGGGCUCAGCCUGCAAUGGAGCAAGUGGCGUUCGAGUUCACUGACUCAAUCGAGCUCUUGCCUGACAGUUUUACACCAGAAGCUAUUAUUGGUGCGAAGCCAAUUAGCAACAUUUUGAAGGAGGCUGUUGAUAAGGCGGAAGAAGAAAUGGCGCUCGAUGGGGAUGAUCUUGCGCGACGCAGCAGGCUGGCUACUGCAAUUGUGUCGUUCCACCAUGCUGUAGCUAAAAGUAAUGCUAUUCUUUCCAAAAGCGGCCGCAAGUCAAACUAUAUGACACCUCGUGACUUCCUUGAUUUCUUGCACCAUUUCCGCGGACUUGUUGCAGAGAAGAGCGACGCAAGUGGAGAGCAACAGCACCAUCUACAAGCUGGUUUGCAAACCCUAGCACAGGUAGAGCGCCAGGUUGGGGAGAUGAGAGCGGAACUGACAGAAAAAGGUGCAGUUCUCGCAGAGAAGAACGAAGAAGCUGAAAAGAAAAUGCAACAGAUGAUAAACCAGCAGGCAGAAGCUGAAAACAAAAAGAAGGGAGCGGAAGUCCUAGCGCGCAAGCUCGAUGAACAGACUGGUAUCAUCAAGGAACGUAGAGAGGCAGUAGAGGCUCAGCUUAGCGAGGUGGAGCCACUACUCAAGGAAGCUGCAGAGGCCGUUACAAACAUCCCGAAGAAAAGCCUUGAUGAACUAAAAAGCAUGGCCAACCCUCCAGCAAUGGCAAAGGUUGCGGUGGAAGCUGUCGCAGUGCUAAUCACAGAUGCUGGAGAAAAGCCUGUUUCUUGGGAAGAUGCAAGAAAGAUUUUGAAAGCCACAGACUUCAUUUCUAAGAUUCUUAACUUUGACUGCACAUCCGUUAGCUCGGCUACUCGGCGAAGAAUCCAAACAAAGUUUCUGACUGGCGACUGGGAUAUCGAGAGGAUCAACAAGGCCUCUCGCGCAGCAGGACCGCUGGCUCAGUGGGUUGAAAGCAGCGUGAAAUUUGUAUUGAUUAGUGAGCAAGUAGAGCCACUGCAGACUGAAAUCGCUCAGUUGGAAACUGAGGCACAGGAGAAUGAAGCGAAUUUACAAGAGCAGCAGUCCCUUAUUACUCAGCUGGAAGGCAAAUUGCAGCAGUACAAGCAAGACUAUGCUCAGCUGAUUAGUCAGGUACAAAGCAUAAAGCGAGAGAUGGAUGAGGUCCAGAAGAAAUGCGCGCGCUCAAUGUCAUUAUUGGAGAACUUGGGGUCGGAGAAGAGUCGGUGGUUUGAACAGUUAGAGCAAUUGAAAUUGGCUACUCAGACAUUUAUCGGAGACAGUUUGCUUGCAGCUGCUUUCUGCGCUUAUCUUGGCUUCUUUGAAUACGCGGAUCGGAAUCGGUUACUUGAAGAGUGGAGGGCAGUGCUCCAAAGGGAGUGCAUUCGUUGCCGCGCCGACCUUUCUUUCGUCGACUUCCUUUCAACACCUUCGGAAAGGCUUCAGUGGGCUGCUCAUUCUCUCCCGCCAGAUGACCUUUCAGUUCAAAACGCAAUUAUCCUGAAACGAUUCUUGCGCUAUCCUCUUAUCAUUGAUCCUGCUGGUCAAGCAAUCAACUUCUUGACUUCUUUCUUGUCCUCCAACAAGCUGUCCAAGACGUCUUUUUUGGACGGAAACUUUCUCAAGGUUCUGGAAAGCAGUUUGCGGUUUGGUUCUACCUUGGUGAUUCAGGAUGUUGAGAAGGUAGACCCGAUACUGAACCCUGUUCUCAACAGAGAAACACACAAGCUCGGCGGCCGUGUCCUGAUCACUGUUGGUGACUCCGAAAUCGACUUGUCUCCUGCCUUCUCUAUGUAUCUUGCGACGCGAGACCCUACAGCACAGUUCACACCCGACCUCUGCAGCCGUGUCACAAUGAUUAAUUUUACUUUAACGCCGUCCUCUCUCGUAAACCAGUGUCUAAACCUUAUUCUGAAGAGCGAAAGAUCAGAUAUUGACAAAAAACGGUCAGAUAUGCUCAAGCUUCAGGGAGAAUUCAAAGUAAAAAUACGCGAGCUAGAGGAUUCGCUGCUUCUUGCUCUCUCAAAUGUGAAGGGAAACAUUUUGGAUGAUGAUUCCGUGAUGUCAUCCAUGGAAAUGCUGAAGAGGCAAGCGGCAGAAGUCGCCACUGAGGCCGCGCACACUGAGGAAAUAAUGGCCGAGGUUGUGCAGACUAGCAAUAUGUAUUUGCCGUGGGCUCUCGCGGCAGGACGUAUAUAUUUCACGCUUCUCAACCUCUCAUGCGUUUCACCCGUUUAUCAGUACGACCUUCGCUUCUUCCUAGGCAUAUUGCAUGAAACCCUAACAGGAGCUGCAGGCCUGAACGAUUUGAAGAAGACAGAUUACGUGGAGAGGCUGGCUGUCCUUUUGUCGGGUCUUUUCUCAACAACAUUCCAGCGCGUAGCCUAUGGCUUGGGGUAUUAUGAUAGACUAGUGUUUGCGUUGCAGCUAUGUUACAUUCGGACUGAGCUGGAUCUUGGCCUGCCCCUGGAAUUGCCAGAGCUUCAGCUCCUUUUACAGGGGUUCGUAGAGGAUCAGGGGUCUCAGACGGCUUCAUGGACAAAUACUCUUCAUGGGGAAUUGACAGCUGAGCAAAUGAAGGCGCUACAGAAACUGCUGGCGCUUCCGUGCUUCUCUGGCCUUCAAGAGCACAUGACAACGCACGAGUCUGAAUGGAUUGCGUUAUUGCGGUUUUCUGCCCCUGAAACAAGCAUUCCUCGUGGCAUUUUCACUGCUGAGCCACACCCGUUGGCAGACAAGAAGAUUGGCAGUCAGCGCUCUAUGACUCUCGGAGAGUGGAUCAAUCUACUCCGGGAGCUACUUGUAUUGAGGGCCUUGAGGCCAGACCGUGUGACGUGUGUUCUAAUUGAGCUAUGCGAAGGUGUUCUAGGGGAGAAUUUCCUUUCCGUUCCCGAACUGACGCAAGACCUGCUUAAAGAGGUUGUUGAGAAGCAGGCAAGCAGUACUUCUCCAGUUUUAUUCGUCUUAUCUCCCGGCUCUGAUCCAAGUAGCCUUAUUACUCACCUGGCCUCCACUGUCCAGCAGCCCAUCAGCUCCGUGGCAAUGGGCAGCAAGGAAGGGUUUGAGCUUGCAGAUAAAGCCAUUGCCAAGGCAACUCGACAGGGCACUUGGGUUUUAUGCAAGAAUGUCCAUCUUUCUCUCAAAUGGCUCCAGGAUUUGGAGACAAACUUGCAUCGUGGCCAGGCACACGCGAACUUCCGCCUGUUCCUCACCAUGGAGUACAAUCCGAAGGUCCCCGCCACGCUGGUUAGAGCGUCUUGCACCUUUGUGUUCGAGCCGCCACUUGGCAUCAAGGCAUCUUUGUACAGGUCGUACGCGAUGCUCUUCGGUGCCAGUGGUGCCCGUGGAGUAUCUAGUCGAAACAGUGCUCGACCGCAACCUGUCCAGCCUCCCGCCGCAGCCCGUUGCCGCUUGCAGUUUCUUCUAGCGUUCCUGCAUGCUAUUAUACUGGAAAGGCGAAGAUAUGCACCUGUCGGCUGGUGCAAGCUUUAUGAGUUCUCUGAGGCUGAUCAGAAAUGUGCAUUGAGCAUAGUAGACUCUUGGCUUGCAACCGCUGCACAGCGUGGUGACACUCUCUCCGACCAUGUAGCUCCAGAGCGACUUCCUUGGACUGCAAUACGAACACUCAUUGCACAAGUGUGCUAUGGGGGACGACUGGACAAUGCUGUUGAUGAGAGGGUCCUGCGGUCGUUUGUGGACUACUUGUUCCGUCCAGAGGCGUUUGAGUCUGAUUUCUGCCUCAAUAUGCCGAACCUGGGGAAGGAUGUGGAGGAUUCGGAAGCAGAAUUGUUGCGAGCCCCAGCUGAGCUCUUCAAGACACACGAACAGUACCUUGAAUGGGUUGACUCACUACCGCCGCGGGACAUGCCAGCAUGGAUCGGCUUCAAUUCGCGCGCUGAGUGGCUGUUGGCUUCCAGGCAGGCGCAUGCCUGCAUUGCCAACUGGUCCACUUUGCUGCUACGUGGCAAGGAAGAGUCACUAGACUUCCACUCUAUCUCAGAGAGCAUUAUGAAGGGUCUCAAACGGCAAAAGAGUGUUGCAGCAAUAAGCGAUGAAAAAGAACCUGAUGAGGCUCCGAAAGCGACCUCGUGGCUCACUUUGCUCAUCCCCGUCGUACAAGCUUGCCUAGCUACUUUGCCAGAAAAACUUCCCGUCUUACAACGGACUGAUACGAUGGUGCAAAAUCCAAUGUUCCGUUGCUUUGAGCGUGAACUAGCAGUUGGUGCAAGGCUGUGUAUGCUGAUUCGCGAGUCUUUGGGAGAGCUGCUGCUCGUCUGCAAAGGUGAAUUGAAAAUAACCAACUCUCUGCGUGAGUUGGCAACGCUGAUAUCUUCAUCGAAAGUUCCAGGGGAGUGGAGUCAGGUUUAUGUCUCUUCUCAAGAACUGACUGUGAAGGAGUGGCUCGAGGAUUUUAGCCGUCGUUUAGCACAACUAGCGAUGGUGUCUCGGGAAUUCGGUGCAGAAGGAAACGACCAGCAGAUCGAGGCAGCUAUGAACUUACUUUCACGACAGCGUGACGAUGGAGAGCUGUCUCAAUGGAGAGUUUGGCUUGGAGGCCUGUUUUUCCCGUCAGCCUACCUCACAGCGACCCGUCAAGCGGUCGCCCAAGCUAAGGGAUGGUCACUUGACGAUUUGGCCGUGGAGGUUCUCGUCGGUUCUGUCGAGGCUAAAGAUGACCAGUCCUUUAUUAUCACUGGGUUAACCGUAGAAGGUGCAGCGUGGAACGCAAACGAAAAGUGUUUGGACGUCGCUGACACGAUUGCGUCAAGCUUGCCGCCAAUGGUCAUGCGUUGGUACCACAAAGGAGAAGGGUGCAAGUUCAAAGAAGACGGGCAAACGUACAUUUCGACCCCGCUGUUUUUGAAUAGGGCCCGCAAGGACCUUGUAGCUUUUGUAGACCUUCCCGCUAGCGAACAAUACCCACCCGCCCUGUGGGUGCAGCGUGGUAUGGCCGUUCUCUUGUGGGGUGAUCUUUAA